GCCUGCCCCACCCGCAGGCCCCUGCCGAAGUCGUCCGCGUCAUCCCCUAUCCCCGCAACGAGGAUUUGGUCCAUCGACCGGGUCCCAUCGACAGGCUAGACGAGCUUUUACCGCAAUCGGCAGGAUCGCGCAGCGCUGCCCUCUGGGGCUUAGGGGGAUCGGGGUAAGGUCCCCAGUUUUGGAACGCUACGAUGUUGCGAGAGGGCUAACGGAGGGACGAACUAAGCAAGACACAGAUCGCGCUAGACUACGCGUACCGACGAUGCGAUGCCGACGACAAAUGCUGUGUCUUCUGGGUGCACGCCGACAAUGAAGCGACUUUCACAUCCGAUUAUAAGACGAUCGGGAAGAAGCUCGGGGUUGACGAGCGGCUUGACGGGUCGGACCUGCUAGAUGCGGUAUGCAGCGCAAUUGAAGCUCGAUCGAAAUGGGUCAUGGUCGUCGACAACGCUGACGACCUGAGGCUGUUCGGAGUGGACCAACAAGCAAAAGAUGAAGAGAUGAACGAUACUCUAUACAAAUAUGUCCCUCGCGGAUCGCAGGGGACGGUACUAUGGACGAGUCGAGACGCGCAUAUUGUCGGCACGCUUGUUGGAUCGCCUCGCGGUAUUGCAGUGCAUUCUAUGACGAUGGAUGAAGCGACGACGCUUCUCGCGAGGACAAGGGGUGAUUCGUCGACGGUGGAGAGGGGAUUGAGGGACGCAGGAGUAGGCGCUUUAUUGGAAGAGCUACAAUGCCUACCGUUGGCAAUCUCGCAAGCUGGCGCCUAUAUGCGGCGUAUGUCAAUGACGUCCGAGCAAUACUUAGGUUUCCUUAGGCAAGGCAAGAUCCGAUGGGAUAUGCUAAAGGUUAGCGACGCUGACCGACAUCGACGACCGGAGGUGUCGAACAGUGUGCUCGAGACGUGGAGGAUCUUGACGAAGCGGAUCCGAGCAGAAAGCGAGAUAUCGUACCGGAUGUUGCAUGUGGUUGCAUAUGUUGACAGUCAAGAUAUACCGUACGAGUUGAUAGCGGCAGUUGCUGAUCGAUGUGACAAUGACAAGGAGGACUCAGUGAAACAGGCCACGGAGCUUGAGGUUCUGGAAGCCAUCACGCGACUGAAAGAGUUUUCUUUCCUUAGCCUGCGUCAGACAGAGCAAGGCGAACGAAGGUAUGAGAUGCACAAGCUCGUGCAAGAGGCCUUGCGAUAUGGGCUGAGAGUAUGUGGCACAAUUGAGACGAUCCUGGGUGAGGCGCUGAGUAUCGAGAAUGAGUCAGAAAACAGUGAAGCAUACUAUGCUAGCACAGCUCUGCAGAUCGUAGAUGGCCUUUUCCCACCAUCAGAACCGAGUUCAUGGGCACGAUGCGAGCAGUACGUGAAACAUGCUAUACGAGUGGGGGAGUGGGCGGAGGUGAGCAGGAUGGAGGUUAAGACAGCGACUCUGCUUCAGAGAGUAUCGUAUUUUCUGUAUGAUCGAGGGCGGUGGAGAGAGAGGGAACCAGUGGAUAAUCGUGCAUGGGUUCUCCGAUGGAAGGUGCUUGGCGAGAAGCAUCCCGAUACGAUCAGGAGCAUGGCGGACCUCGCGGCGACGUACCAUGCGCAGGGCCGACAUGACGAGGACGAAGAGAUCGCGGUCAAAGUACUAGAACUCCGACGAGAGGUGCUUGGGGAGAAGCAUCUGGAUACGAUCAGGAGCAUGGCAGCUCUCGCAACGACGUACCAUGAGCAGGGUCGAUAUGUCGAGGCCGAAGGCAUUGAUCAAGAAGUACUGGAUCUCCGAUGGAAGGUGCUUGGGGAGAAGCAUCCGGAUACGAUCAGGAGCCUGGCGGACCUCGCGACGACGUACCAUGCUCAGGGGCGAUAUGAUGAGGCCCUUCAGCUUCAUCAAACCGCCUUGGACUUUCGCCGUCAUGUGCUUGGAGAAAACCAUCCGGAUACGAUGCAGAGCGUGGCAUACCUCGCCGCCACACGCGAGGCGUUACAACAGUUACCGUCGCUUGUAUAGCCAGUCCAGUCUUUGGCGGUCACGCAAGUCUACGAAUCUGAGGGAGAAGGAAAGCUGCACGGGAAGCUCGGGCGCUUUUGCAAAUGGAGAUCCCACAAGAGUAAGGGCUUUGGUUGAUCUCUGUUUCUAUUUAAUGGUCUACAUCUGCCGUGGCGUAUACCGAACUAGCUGCGAUAAUAAUCAACAAGUAUUUUGUGUGUUC